AAAUGGAUAACCUAGAGGAAACUAUACGGUAGAUAAUUAUUUACAAAUGUCUGGUACUAUUGAUGCUGAUGAGAAGAGACGUUUGCUCCGUGAGAGACGUCAAGCUAAAAUGUCAAGUAAGGCAUCUGACAGACUCAACACAAUUUUGACUUCGGGAUCUUCUGUCAAGGAAACUGUUACUUCUCCAUUAGAGAAGAGAACAACGCUGCCUAGCCCUGUUCCAGAGAACUUUUCCAGUGCUACUAGUUCAGACGUAAAAAUACCAUUGCCUACGAACUCUGUAGGACAUCACGAUGAUCCCGAGGAUGUGGACAUAUCUGUGACUAAGACUGUGGGAACACCUUCUCAAUUAAAUGGUGCUGCUUCCAAUGCAAAUGCCCCAGAGGACAUCGAUGAGAUGCUCAAUCGAUUAUUUGGUGCUGGAGCCGCAGCUGGCAAUGCAAAUGGAGCUGGAAGUGCCGGCGAACCAUUCCCUGCAUUCGGCGCAGGGGCAACAGGUGGAGAAGACCCAUUCAAGAUGAUGAUGAACAUGAUGGGUGGAGGGGAAGGUUUUGGCGCCAAUGGUGGAGUACCUGGGGCAAUGGGAGACGAGUCUGCUGGAUUUCCUGCCGCAGACCCAUUCGCCGCUUACAAUCUCCAACAACAUCGUCAAACGAAAUACUAUUUCCUUAUUAUUCGAUAUGUUACCACAUUUGUGAAUUUCUUUUACCACUACUACCAUCAAUCUUCAGCAUUGCAAUCUGCAUCACACUCUUAUGUGCGUGGAAUUAAUUCACAAACUACGGGAUUCUUUACUUGGUUUGCUACUUUGGAAGUACUCAUUUUGGCCAGUUAUUACGUAAUCCUGGCACAACGCAAGUACAUUGUCAAUAAUGGUCAUUUUAUCUUGAAGGGGUUGUCAAUGCUUCUGAUGGUACUUCCACAAGCCCAAAGGUACCAGCCAUUGGUGGUUCAAGCCUUGGGAUAUUGGGAUAUUUUGGGAAUGUUCAUUGGAGACGUAGCUUUGGUAAUCAUUCUCUUUGGUUUCCUCUCCUGUUUAGGGUAGACAUAUCUAAUAUAUAAGGACAAUAAGAAUGGUUCACUCGUAAUGAGAGACAACUUUUUUUGAAUGUUUUACAUUUCACUGCCAUAUAUCCUAAUGUUUAAUAGUAUGUAUCAAAUAUAUUUACAAGAAUUAAGUUAU